GGCUAGAGAGCGAACGCGAGAGAGAGCGGGCGAGCCAGCGAGAGAGCGCGGCGCCGGCUCCCGCUGGAAGGAAGGCGGCGGCCGCUCUGGAGAAGGAGGUGGAGGGGAAAGAGGAGCAGCGGGGCCGGCAGCAGACAGCGGCGGGCCGGGGUGAUGGUGCACGCAUCCCGGGCCAGCGCGGGGCUGCCGGGCUAAGGGCGCCCGUCCGGGUCCGCAGCGCCGCCGCGUCGCUCCCGGGGCCGGGCGAGCGGGCGGGAAGAUGCUGAGCCGGCUGAUGAGCGGCAGCAGCAGGAGCCUGGAGCGCGAGUACAGCUGCACCGUGCGGCUGCUGGACGACAGCGAGUACACCUGCACCAUCCAGAGAGAUGCCAAGGGCCAGUACCUGUUUGACCUUCUUUGCCACCACCUGAACCUUCUUGAGAAAGACUACUUUGGCAUACGCUUCGUGGACCCAGAUAAGCAGCGGCAUUGGUUGGAGUUUACAAAGUCUGUGGUGAAGCAACUGAGAUCGCAGCCUCCAUUCACCAUGUGCUUUCGUGUGAAAUUUUACCCAGUAGACCCUGCUGCACUGAAAGAAGAAAUCACCAGGUAUUUAGUCUUCCUGCAGAUCAAAAGGGAUCUCUACCAUGGCCGCCUCCUCUGUAAAACAUCUGACGCUGCCUUGUUAGCAGCUUAUAUCCUUCAAGCUGAGAUUGGAGAUUACGACCCAGGAAAACACCCUGAAGGCUACAGCUCCAAGUUCCAGUUUUUUCCUAAACAUUCAGAGAAGCUGGAAAGGAGAAUUGCUGAGAUCCACAAGACAGAACUCAGUGGUCAAACACCAGCAACAUCAGAGCUGAACUUCCUAAGAAAAGCACAGACACUGGAGACAUACGGAGUGGAUCCUCACCCCUGUAAGGAUGUGUCAGGAAAUGCUGCGUUUCUGGCCUUCACUCCUUUUGGGUUCGUCGUUCUUCAAGGAAACAAGAGGGUCCAUUUCAUUAAAUGGAAUGAGGUGACCAAGCUGAAAUUUGAAGGAAAGACUUUCUAUUUAUAUGUAAGUCAGAAAGAGGAAAAGAAAAUUAUUCUCACAUAUUUUGCUCCAACUCCAGAAGCCUGCAAGCACCUCUGGAAAUGCGGAAUCGAGAACCAAGCCUUCUACAAGCUGGAGAAAUCAAGCCAAGUCCGCACGGUGUCCAGCAGCAAUUUAUUCUUUAAAGGAAGCCGGUUCCGAUACAGUGGCCGGGUUGCAAAGGAGGUAAUGGAAUCAAGUGCCAAGAUCAAACGAGAGCCACCAGAAAUACACAGAGCAGGGAUGGUUCCCAGUCGGAGCUGCCCCUCCAUCACCCACGGGCCCCGGCUGAGCAGCGUCCCCAGGACCCGCAGAAGAGCCGUGCACAUCUCCAUCAUGGAAGGUCUCGAGUCCCUACGAGACAGUGCCCACUCUACCCCGGUGCGCUCAUCGUCCCACGGGGACACCUUCCUGCCUCACGCGAGGAGCAGCCGAGCAGACAGCAACGAGCGAGUAGCUGUGAUUUCGGACGAGGCCUACAGCCCCGCAGACAGUGUGCUGCCCACCCCUGUGGCCGAGCACAGCCUGGAGUUGAUGCUGCUCUCCCGGCAGAUCAAUGGAGCCACCUGCAGCAUCGAGGAGGAGAAGGAGUCUGAAGCCAGCACCCCAACUGCGGCAGAGGCAGAGGCGCUGGGAGGAGAGCUGAGGGCCCUGUGUCAGGGGCAUGGCAGGCCAGAGGAGGAACAGGUGAAUAAGUUUGUUUUAAGUGUCCUCCGUUUGCUCCUUGUGACCAUGGGACUCCUCUUUGUUUUGCUCCUUCUCCUGAUCAUCCUUACCGAGUCUGACCUUGACAUUGCCUUUUUCCGAGAUAUCCGCCAGACCCCCGAGUUUGAACAGUUCCACUAUCAAUACUUUUGUCCCCUCAGGCGAUGGUUUGCCUGCAAAAUCCGCUCAGUGGUGAGCCUGCUCAUUGACACCUGAGAAGGCAGGACUCCUCCCAAUAACUAGCCAGGUGGACGCAGGAGCCCGGCUACCCCCCCAGCAAGGGGACCAUCGCGGAACCAUCGGCACACACACCAAGUCCUCUCAUGCCUCAGAGCCCACUGCAGCCUAGGAGGGGUGUUCCCAGGAGAAGAAAGGGAUAGGCGCAGGCCCUGUCCACAAAACUGGGAAAACUCAUUUUCUCCAGAGUUUCUCUCAAGAAAGACUCAGCAACCUAUUUCUCAUCCUUCGAUUUGCAGGAUAAUUUUUGGUUUUGAAUUUUGAUUUUUCAUAGAUGUUAUUUUGAAAGUAUCAAAUAAAAAUAAUUUAUUUUACUAUUACUCAUUAUCCCAGUGGUGUCCCCUAGCAGAUGGAACGCUAACUGAAGACCAGAGAGCUGUUGUCCUCUGUGUCCCGCAGCAGCUUUCCAGCUGGUGCCACCGGGUCCGGGGAGACGCCGACCUGCAGCCGUAGCGGGGCAGGCCAGGGGUCCGCACGGUGGAGACUAGGUUUUCUUGCCAGAGAGAACUUUUAAAAAAAUUAAACAUCCGUGUAGAAUGAUUAAAUGGAAAGUUGCUUCUUACGAUGGUCUGAGUUGGAUUUUUUUUUCCUUUUGUUUUUUCAAAUCUGAGCGGAGUGGGCAUCUGAAGGGACCACCGCCAAGCCAGCAGCAGCAGGGGUAGGGUAAGUCUGUCCCCUUAGACUAGAGCCCAGUGGCCUCACCAUGUCAUGAACAAGACUCUGUGAUGUUCUCUGAAGAACCUCAAGACGUGAGAGAGUUCCAGGGCGGGAAAUGAAGGCAGUGGUGCCAGAGAGGGUGCUGUCAGAGAUGUCGCACAAAGUAGUUACAGACGCCAGAGCUAAGGGACCUGAGAAGGCUGGGGUGCAGAGCAGUGCUUACUUUGUAUACAAUGUGCCCCCCAACAAAAGACUGUCUCCAUUUAUAUUUUAACAGCAAAAUGUUAUUUUCUUAUCUCUUCAUAUUUUGUUUUUACUUUAUGGAUUAAGAAAAUAGAGCCUGAUGAACUAAACGAUGCAAGAAACUGAUCCUGAGACUGGAAAGCGUCAGAGAAUAGGAUUCCAAGAUCAACACACAGCCUUGGAAGGGACCAAGAAAAGAAUCUCUAAAUAGGAUUUCUAAGAGAUGCUACAAAAGACAGAAGGUGACGGUGGCAGAGACCAACACUUAGAUGUAGAAAUGCUGCCCCCUAGGGUCACCCUCUGCGCUGGGAAAUAAGUUCUAGAAUGGCACCUGCCAUCCAAGCUGAGGGACGGUAGCCUGGGAGCUCAGAGAGGCACAGGGACACCAGGGGCGGGUGGGACGCGAGCUCCCUCGGCCUGAGCUCUGCAGCACUUCAAGCCAGUCACACACAAGGUCUUGUUCUCAUCUCAGGGAGAGAUUUGUGUCAGCCAGGCCUGAGGACUUUUAAGGAUGGUCAGUGGACACUCGAGGCCCACAGAAGUGAAGCACCUCCCAACACUGUAUGAUAAUGGAUGGGCCCAAAGGCAGAACAGGAUGCAUCACCUAUAGAUCUGAUCUCCCCCAAUGUGUCCCCCCAGAUGGCAGAACCUUGUGCAUGUCCAGAAGACAGCAGCUACAAACACGUAAGUGGGGGCAGGGGUUGUAUCAUUUUAAAGAAAGUAAAGUUACCCUUUGCAUCAAGAGGUCAGUAAACUCCCCUGAAAAGCGCCAGAUAAUAAACAUUUUGGUUUUGUGGGCCGUGCUCCGUUCCAACUACGCAGUUCUGCCAUCAUAGCACAAAAACAGCCACAGGUGAAGCAUACACAAAGUGAACAUGGCUGUGCUCAAAUAAGGCUUGAUAAAAAUAGAAGUAGGCUGGAUUUGGCCUGGAGGCUGUAAUAAGCCAACCCUGAUGGAGACAAUAAAGCUGACCAUAUGUCAGCAGAAGAGGGUCGCCUCUGCUCCAUUUCUGGCAUGUGUUACAGACCCAGGACGGUUCCCCUGGGAACCGGGGCUGCUUGUUUACAGGGUGCUCCAACAACCAACCAGCAAAGAUGCCAGCAGCCGAGAUAAGCCAGAGCAAGCGCGAGAACACUAAAAUGCGGCAAAUCUAAGAACGGAGGUGGGCCUCUGAUCAUCCCCGUGCCACCAACGUUUGGGCAGAA